UUGUUGCCUAAAAUAUCUUUUGCCCCGACUUUCACUACUGCAUCGGUAUAUUCUCUCCGCACUCCACUCUGUCACUCUCAGCUCGCGCCGCCGUUCGCAUUUUUCUCCGGCGAUUGAUUCAGAGAUGGACGCGGCUCGAGAGGCGCAGAACAGAGAGGCAUUUCGUCAAGCCGUUACCAACACCCUCGAGCGCCGCCUCUUCUACAUCCCUUCCUUCAAGAUCUACCGCGGCGUUGCCGGCCUCUACGACUACGGUCCUCCCGGUUGCGCCGUCAAGUCCAAUGUCCUCGCCUUCUGGCGUCAGCAUUUUGUUCUUGAAGAGAACAUGCUUGAAGUGGAUUGCCCAUGUGUAACACCAGAGGUUGUGCUCAAGGCAUCUGGCCAUGUUGAGAAGUUCACUGAUCUCAUGGUGAAAGAUGAAAAGACUGGAGUUUGUUAUCGUGCUGAUCAUUUGCUCAAGGAUUUUUGCAAUGAGAAGCUUGAGAGAGAUCCUAAUCUUCCUGCUGAGAAAGCAGCAGAGUACAGGCAUGUACUUGCUGUGUUGGAUGAUCUCUCUGCUGAAGAGCUCGGUGCAAAAAUUAAGGACUAUGGUAUUACUGCUCCAGAUACCAGGAACCCUCUCUCUGCUCCAUAUCCUUUCAAUCUAAUGUUCCAAACUUCAAUUGGGCCAUCUGGCUUGAGCCCUGGUUACUUGCGUCCUGAGACAGCUCAAGGCAUUUUUGUCAACUUCAAGGAUCUGUACUAUUACAAUGGAAGCAAACUUCCUUUUGCCGCUGCACAGAUUGGUCAAGCUUUUAGGAAUGAGAUCUCCCCACGACAAGGCCUCUUAAGAGUCCGUGAAUUUACACUAGCUGAGAUUGAGCACUUUGUGGAUCCAGAGGACAAGUCUCAUCCGAAAUUUUCUGAUGUUUCAAAAUUGGAGUUUCUGAUGUUCCCAAGAGAGGAUCAGGUGUCUGGACGCUCUGCAAGGAGAAUACCACUUGGUGAAGCAGUUGCCCAGGGCAUUGUUAACAAUGAAACACUGGGAUAUUUCAUUGGGAGAGUGUAUCUCUUUCUUACUCAUCUGGGUAUUGACAGAGAUCGAUUGCGGUUCCGUCAACAUCUUCAAAAUGAGAUGGCACAUUAUGCUGCAGACUGUUGGGAUGCUGAAAUUGAAUGUUCUUAUGGCUGGAUAGAAUGUGUUGGUAUUGCUGAUAGAUCUGCAUAUGAUUUGCGUGCACAUACGGACAAAAGUGGUGUAUCUCUUAUUGCACAUGAAAAACUACCAGAACCCAGAGAAGUGGAGAAACUUGUUAUUACUCCAGUAAAGAAGGAGCUUGGUCUUGCAUUUAAGGGUAACCAGAGGAUGGUGGUUGAAGCAUUGGAGUCUAUGGGGGAAAAAGAAGCUUUGGAAUUGAAAGCAACUUUGGAGUCCAAGGGAGAGGCUGAAUUUCAGGUUUGCACCCUUGACAAAGUUGUGACUAUUAAGAAGAACAUGGUGUCAAUUUCCAAGGAAAAGAUAAAGGAACAUCAAAGGGUUUUCACUCCUUCAGUCAUUGAACCAUCGUUUGGUAUUGGGAGGAUUAUAUACUGUCUCUAUGAGCAUUCUUUCUAUACAAGAGCCAGCCGAGAUGGGGAUGAACAGCUCAACGUCUUCCGUUUCCCACCAUUGGUAGCUCCUAUCAAAUGCACUGUGUUCCCCUUGGUGCAAAAUGCAGAAUACGAGGAAGUUGCCAAGCAAAUUGCAAGGUCACUAACUGCUGCUGGGCUUUCAUAUAAAAUCGACAUCACAGGCACAUCGAUAGGUAAAAGGUAUGCAAGAACUGAUGAGCUCGGUGUUCCAUUUGCCAUUACUGUGGAUUCAACGACCUCUGUAACUGUGCGGGAGAGGGACAGCAAACAGCAAAUUCGUGUUAAUGUGGACGAAGUGGCAUCUGUUAUUAAGGAGGUGACUGAAGGUCAUAGCACCUGGGCUGAUGUGAUGUGGAAGUAUCCAACUCACUCAUCUUGAUCACACACCUCUAGUCCUCUACUCCUGGUCUAUACAGCUCUUUUCCCUUUUACAUCCAAACAUGUUUUCCAGACUUCCAUUUACAAUCCUUACAUGUGCAAUAUACUAACAUGCCAUUGUUCUCACUUCCUGAAUUUCUGUUUUGUACCAGUUACAGAUGCUCUUUUUGUUCCUUGAAAAAUUUGUAAUUUAGAAUUUCAAGUCAGAACUACACUAUCUGGUGCUUGGAGAUAUUGUUGUUUUCCGUA